UUAUUCGUAUUUUUUGGCUUCAUUCCACAGUUCUUCGAUCCUGUUUGUUUUGGCGACUCCAAAGCCGGUCCUUUUAUCCCUCACCCCAGAAGCGCCGUCCGCCCUUCUUUUUUAAACCGGACUGCCGGCCAAACCGUUUUGCUUUCCUUCCCGUCCGCCGGGCUGGCAUCGCGUCGCCUCAGAUCCAAAGCUCAACUCUUUGAACGAGUUUAACGCCAAUUCUGCAGGUUGUUAUUGUUGUUGUUUUCCUUUAAAAGCUCCCCAAAAACGGUUUCCACACACUUCGCCGGGAGCGUCUCUCGCCUCCAUUUUUCACCGUUUCCCCCUCAGCCUUUUAUUAUCUCUACCAUUUUCUGCUCGUUCCCCGUUUCCGUUUGUCGGACGAACGUAAUUUCCGCGGAAGGUGUGGCGGCGGCGGCGGCUGGUGUCGGAGGAUGGCCGCUCUUUCGGCACCGCCGAGGAAACAUUUAUUGGAUUUGCCUUGGGAAGACAUCUUAUUCCCUCAUAUUCUUUCGCAUCUCCCUCUGAGACAGCUCUUGAGCCUGCAAAGAGUCAGCAAGUGUUUCCGGAAUCUAAUCCAGCUUUAUCUUACCAACCUGCGCUGUUUUGAUUCUAGUCAGGUUGGGCCUCAUAUCCCAAAAUCUGCAUUCUGUGUCUUGUUAAAAGACAAUAAAGUACUGCAGCAACUAGCCUUGCAAAACUGCUCUGACUGGUUAUCUGACAAGGAACUGCUUCCUGUGAUUGGUCAAAACCAUCAGCUGCAACAGAUUGAAUUGAACGGCUGCAUACAGCUGAGCCGCCAUGCUUUGGUGGCCAUCUCUUUGGGCUGCCCCAAUUUGCGGCAGCUUUCUUUGGCCCAUUGCGAAUGGGUGGAUGGACUUUCCUUGCGGAGCCUCGCCGACCACUGCAAAGAGCUUGAAUCUCUAGAUCUUACAGCCUGCCGGCAGCUGAAAGAUGAAGCCAUUUCCUAUCUUGCUCAAAGAUGCAACAAAUUAAAAUCCAUUUCGCUGGCUGUCAAUGCCAAUGUUGGUGAUACGGCCAUAGAAGAAAUUGCCAAAGCCUGUUCUGACCUAGAGCAUUUGGAUCUCACAGGCUGCCUGCGAGUGAAGAACAACUCCAUUAGGACCUUGGCAGAGUACUGCCCUAAGCUUCGUGCCUUGAAGGUGAAGCAUUGUCACGAUGUUGCGGAAUCCAGCCUGAGCGUAUUACGUAGUCGCGGAGUGGAAUUGGAUGUUGAACCUCCCUUUCAGCGUGCCCUAGUUCUCUUACAGGACGUAGUGGGCUUUGCCCCAUUUAUUAACCUUCAGAUCUAAUGAAAAGAAGAUGCUGGGAAUUGUCUCUGGGUAAUCCCACAACAAGUUUAAAAGUCUAAGAUUUCAUCUUUUUCAUUAUUGAACUGGGCCUGUUUUGAGCCAUUAAUUCCUCGUGUGGAAGUUUGUGUUGAAAAAAACAAACAAACUCUGCAUUUGCAUGAAAAGCAUAAUUUCCAGCUUCCAUUAUUGCUGCUACUCAUUGAUUGCUCUACCUGUCUAUUAUUAAAGAUAUUUUAGAGAUUGAUUUGAACUGUAAAGUAGCUCCAAGCAAUGGCAUUGUUGAAUCUGUUAUCCAGUGACUUUUUCACAUCGACAAAUCAAGUGUGGAAAUGCUGUGGGAAGAUUAAAAAGCUCCUUGGAGGCCACAAGAGAUGGACAACACUAUAAUUUUUCUGUUUUGAACUGAAUGCUUGAGAAAUACUGCAUCUAUUUAGAGUUGCUAUUAUUUUUUUAGUUUUGUAGUUCUUUUUAGGGUUAAAGGAAAGACAACUUUUAAAUCAAGCUUGAAGUCUUGGUGAUUGUGUGGACACAGCCAUGCAGUUUUAAUACAUAAGUAUUGAGGUGGAUUGCCAUUGUCUUUUGGGACAUUUUGACUAUAGUCUAAUAUUCCCUGGUGAUCCAACCAGAAGUGGUAUUCAGCCAGUUUGUACCGGUUCGGGUGAGCCAAUAGCGGCAACUGCAGGUGGGCCCGCCCACCCAUCCUGGCGUAAUGCCAUCCUAUUUAGCCAUGUUUACGAGGUCUGGCGCAUGUGCGGAAGGUUAGGCACAUGUGCAGAAGAGGCACGCUUGUGUGAAGCGAGCAUGCGCAUGCGCGGCGGACCAGUGGUAAGAAUUUGUGAAACCCACCACUGGAUCCAAGUAUAAUCAGACUCAGUUUUGGUAGUAGAACUGUGCAAAACAUUUCAAAUUGAACUGUUCCUCAUGCACAACAUGUUCCAACUACGAAGCACCUUGCCUUGAAUGAGAAGCACCUAAUCUGAGUAAUUUGGAAGUGUUUCAACAUAAAUACAGUUAUGUUCCAUGUGUGAGUCUGCUGUGUCAAGACAGUUCAAUUCAAAAUCUUUUGCAUAGUCUUGCUUAAUUUCUGAGCCUAAACAUGGUCAGAAUUACAGAACAGAUUAUAAUGCUGACAUCCACAAAAUUGUCUCUUCUAAAAGACGAAGAUGGUAAUUAUGUGUAUAGAAGAAGUUACUAUAACUAAUAUUCAAAUAGCUGAAAAACCAUUGGAAAGUUCACGUCUGAAAGAAAGCAUAUUUCACAGUAAUUUACAUGAAUAUGGUUAAAUUAUACACAAGGGCUUGUAGAUCAGCAAAAGUACUCUGUUAGCAAUUAUUGGUCUUCUGAAUGCAGAAGAUAGGUUUUAAAGAUUGUAUAUAUAAACUAAGGAAAUCCUAAUAUCUUAGAUAAGUAAAAAGUUUAAUGUCUCACUUCUUAGCCAAUAACUAGCAAAUCAAGUACUUCCUUGAGAAUUCACAGGGCUAAGUCAAAUAAUUCAGUGUAGCUUGCUUUUCUUGUCUGGCUUAAUACUGAUCUAUGUUACAUCCCUCUUUUUAUUUUUAACAUUCUCCUUUUAAAUGAACCUGUUUCUCAGUAAAAUAUCACCAAUUUUGUGGAUUGUAACCAUAAAAGGUUCAUUAUAAUAAGUCUCAAAGUAUGUAUAUAGUCCAGGGGUGAAAUCCAGCAGGUUCUGACAGAUUCUGGAGAACCAGUAGCGGAAAUUUUGAGCAGUUCGGAGAACUGGCAAAUACCAGCUCUGGUUGGCCCCAGAGUGGGGUGGGAAUGGAGAUUUUUCAAUAUCCUUCCCCCAGGAGUGGUGAUAGAAUGGAGAUUUUGCAGUAUCCUUCCCCUGCCACGCCCACCAAGCCACACCACACCACACCCACCAAGCCACGCCCACAGAACCGGUAGUAAAAUAAUUUGGAUUUCACCACUGAAAUAGUGUAUGUUAAGAUGGCUGAUUUAUCCCUAUAUUAUUCUUAGGAAAUUCGUAAAAUCAGAAGAGUAACUGAAUCUGUCAAUUAAAAGCAAAUGUCAUUUCUCUCCCCUUAGCAAGAGGCAUAAAGUCAGUACUGUGGUGUACAAUUGUGUAAUUCAAACAUGCAUGAGGUGUGCUUCCAAUUUAAAACACUGUGCAGAAAAUAAUAUGUAUUUCAAUUCUCAAAAAAUUGGGAACUAAUAGAAUACAUGUAUGUCAUUGCCUCAAACCUGCAUUAUCUGACUCAAUGUAGAGACUAUGCUGCUUCUUAUUUAAUGGGUAUUAUAGAAGUUCUAUAAAAGUAGAACUAUUAAAGAAGAACUGCACACUUUCUUUAAGGAUAUACUACGCAAUAAAGAAGGACUUUUUGUCAGUUAGUUGUAGCUUGCUAAAUUACACACAUGAUGUCGCUUAAUGUUACCUUCUUUGCUGUUGUAAGUCUCAGGUUGGUGAUCAUGGAUACAAUUCAUGAAAGUGAAAUUUGACAAGUUGGAGUAUGUUAGAUUUUUUUUGAGGGGGGUGAGAUUCUAAAGACUUCUAUUUUUCCCACUCUUAUCAAUAAUAUUUGAAAAACUGAAUUGAACCAUGAAAUUUAAGAUAUGAUUAAAAAAAAUGUUUAAAUGAAAUGUAAAUACAGUACAGAUUCAUCUUGUUGCUUAGGAGAAUUCAUUAUGAAAUAGAAAAUAUCCCUUGGAAAUUAAAAAAAAAUGUGUAAUGAAGUUGUGUUGUUGGUAGAAAUGAACAGUCCCAGUAAAAUGCAAUGCUAUUACAGAUCCUCUGCUGGCAGAGCCAGAGCUACAAUUAUAAUUUAUUCCAUUAUACUUGGCUAAUAAAUCUGAUUUAGUGUA